AUGGCUGGAAAAUUUGCAGUUUGUUUCACAAUUUUUGCCAUUGGAUUUUGGCCAUUGGCAACAGCUGCCGAUUGGUAUACGGGCAGUGAUGGACGUAAUUAUUUAAUUGAAGGAUCGGCCAGUUACACCUGGUUCCAGGCCAUGGAUCAAUGUUCACGACGUGGCUUGCAAUUGGUGAUGAUCGAUAAUGAAGUGAAAAAUAAUGCCAUAAUUGAUUUAAUUAAAAUUCAUUUUGGAAAAUCUCCAGACUUGUGGAUCGGUCACCACGACGAAUUCAACUCCAAGAAAGAUAAAACUCGUACAUGGUACUCCGUAGCCACUGGCUCACCCAUUGCCUACAGCAAUUGGAAUAAAGGUGAACCCAACAAUUACAAAGGCAACGAGCACUGUACCGAAAUAAGUGUUAAAGCCGAUUUCAAAUGGAACGAUGAAAAAUGUGAUGAAAACUACUACGGAUUUAUUUGUGAGGAACACUACAAGGCCACCCAGUGCCAUAAUGAUGUACAAACCAAACGUUAUGCGGCCAAUGAAAAGAAUUCCAAAUUAGCUGCCGAUUUUAGUGAAACUCAACAGAAUAUUCAAACGCAAUUAAUCGAAUCGAGAAAUGACACCGAUCAGCAAUUCAAACCCUAUUUAAUGGCCGUGGUGGCGGAUAUUGGUGAUGACAUUAAUGCAUUGGCUGUGGAGGCAAAGAAUGAAAUCGCCAAACUGACACAACAGACCCAUCAAUCUAUUGCAACUGCCCAGCUGAAUGGAGAACAAUUGGUGAACAAUGAGACCUCGGCAUUUGCGGAGAAAAUUAAAAUACACAAUAACGAGGUUGAUAGUUUGAUGAGCUAUUAG